AUGCGCAGCAACCUCAUGAUUGAUUAUUGGAACUGCGCCAGCAACAACGCAAACUCUGACUCAACCACCCCAAACAUCCAGUUUGACACCGUCAAAGUCGUCAAUGUAUGCGCUGGCAUCCGUCGCACGCGUCACGAGAUAAUUAACAACCUCGAGUCCACCCUGGGCAGCAAGGCUAACGAUCGCGCCAAGGAAAGGGCUGUCCGAGAAGCCCUGACCGGAGCACAGUCUAGUCACGAGCUACUUAAGGAUCAAUAUGCUGGUGAUCGUGUUCGAGUUCCCGAGUCUCAAGCUCUUGGCGACGGUGAUGAUUAA